AUGGGUAUUCCCGGACUCAUCAAUGCAAUUGGGCCUGGAGAGCGCAUUUCCCUGUCAAAACUGGCAAUAACCCACCUAGAGCGAACAGCGAGGCCUAUUCGUGUUGCAGUGGACAUUUCAAUAUGGCUUUUCCAGGUGCAGGCAGGUCGCGGCGGCAAAAAUCCGGAGCUACGGACUUUGUUCUACAGGUUGCUGAAAUUUUUAGCCCUUCCUGUUCACCCCCUGUUUGUUUACGACGGGAAACACAAGCCGCCCUUUAAAAGAGGCAAAGCUACAGGGAGCACUUAUGGAAGCGCACCUAUAAUUGGACUUUCCAAGAUCUUGGUUGAUCUAUUCAGGUUUCCUCGUCACGAUGCGCCAGGGGAGGCCGAGGCUGAGUGCGCCCGACUGCAGAGGGCGGGUGUUGUCGACGCGGUUAUGAGCAAUGAUGUUGAUGCUCUCAUGUUUGGGUCAACGUUGACCAUUAUGAAUUUCUCCAAGGAAAGCGGAAGUGGCACGUCUGCUGCAACACACAUUACCUGUUAUGAAAUGGGAAAUUUUAACUCAUCUUCAUGCUCAAGGCUUGAUCGUGCUGGCAUGAUCUUAUUUGCUAUGUUAAGUGGAGGCGAUUACUUGCCAUCCGGAGUCCCGAAGUGUGGUAGCAAGCUCGCUGCAGAAAUUGCAAGAGCGGGCUUUGGCGAGGACCUUUUGGAAGUGCUCAACUCAGAAGAAACUGAGCUCAAUGUGAAGCUGAACGAAUGGAGAGAAAGGCUCCAGUAUGAGCUUGAAGCGAACGAAAGUGGUUAUUUUCAGACCAAACACAAAGCUGUUCGAAUUCCGGAAAGCUUCCCAGACAGGACAGUAUUGUCAUAUUAUGCCAAGCCUAUAGUAUCAGAUUCGAAGGAUCUGGAAGUUUUACAACGCCGUUUAGAGAAUGCCUGGGAUCAAGAAAUUGAUGCUUUGGAAUUAAGAAGAUUUGCUGCGGAUACUUUCGAGUGGAACUAUCGCUCUGGGGCAAGGAAGGUGAUAAGGUUACUCGCCGAACCUCUGGUUUCCUACCGACUUCGUCUCCGGAAGGACUUGACAGCGUUUCCUUUCAGGCUAUCUGAAAGCGAUGUGCCAAUGCUCCAGAAAGUUUAUAAGAGUAGGACGAGUUUCAGCACAGAUGGAUUAACAGAGCUGCAACUUGAUUUUGUCCCUAUUGAUAUUGUUGGCUUAGAUCUGCUCGCUGAGGAGCCCAAUCCACCACUUCCUCCGCAAGAAACGGCGGCUUCGGGCGAUGAGGAGGAUGCAGAAGCUAAUGCUGAGCCUGCUCCGCAGUCACCGGCUAAGAAACGUGUCACGAAGCGAUUUGAUCCUUAUUCCUCAGAGAAAAUUUGGGUGUUUGAAACGGUGGCUACAAUAGGAAUCCCAGAAGUUGUGCAAGCUUGGAAACAGGAAGAGUCUGAGAAGGCCUCUGCGCCUAAAAAACCAAGCAAUAGGAAAACAGGGCCAAAGAAGAAGGGACCGAUAGAUCCAGGCAUGAAGAGAGGAAGUAUCCUGAAAUAUGGCACUCUCACCAAAGAAAGGACUGAGAUUACGCAACUCAAACAGGCGCAGCUCUUUGAGGCAGCAAUAUCAUCGACGUCAACACCGAAGAAGCACAGUGCAUCGAAUGUGCAAGGGCCCCUGAGUGCUUCCAGAGACUUGUCUAGCCAUGGCCUGUAUUACCAACAGCAAACGACCGCUUUCGAUCGAAGCCAAGAUUUUGAUUAUUUAACUAAUAUGUUGUCUUUAUGCAAUAUAUCGCCCAAUGUGGGCAUCAAACGGCAUCCAGCGUCUACUCGGCCUCCUCUCAGAGGUCGGCGUGGGGCGGUUCUCUCGGGCGAUUCUGAGGUAGAGGCUUCGAAAGUUCCAGAUGCAGAUUCUUUGGACUGCUCUCUAUCUUCUGUAUCUCCGGGGAGAAUCCGUAUGAGCUAUUCCAAUGUUAGCUAUAAUGACCUGUCCACAACUGACAGUACGGAUUCUGCUCAACCUGUACGUGCGAAGUGCCGCAACAUGUCAAAACCCGAUCAAAGUAUAUCCAAAUCUCAGGGCUCUCAGGGAGUCCAGAAACUGGAGCAAGCUAUAACGAUCGCAUUCAUUAAAUAUUACCAUACCUCCUGCUAA